AUGCGGCUUGGCCAAGGCUACAGCUUGAAGCCGAGAAAAAGCAGCUUCACCUGGAUAUCCCUAAUCUUGUGCUUGUUCCGACUAUCGGCAGCCAGGGAUGAAUUGCCAACGCGGGACGCCGAGAAGGGCCCCUAUUUUUGUGGGGCGAACUCGGCCUCGGCGUGGGGAUCGUACUUUAUGACGUUGUCGUGCGACCAGGACUCGAUCAAUUCCUGCUGCGCCGUUCACGACUCGUGCUAUGCCACCUGCAUCCUGCCGCAGAUGGAGUGCGACGAGCACUUUUGCAAUUGCUUGAAGAGCUUGCCAGGCUCAACCUACUGCCGAAACCUGGUGCACGCGUCGCACUGCUCGAUGGUGCAAUUCCUGGGCCACAGCUACAUAUGCCCGGCAAAAGCGCAGCCUCCCUUCAACCCGCAAAAGUUCAUGCAGGCCGAGAUGGAGCAACUUCCGGUGAUCCCGAAGAUCCAGCCGCUGAAGCCGUUCGUCGGGCCGCUGCCGUUUCAGUACAAUCGACGAAGCGAAUACAUGCCGUCGCCGAUGGACCAAUUCCAGCCCCACCACGUCUUCUCCAUCAACAGCAACCUGGGCGACCCGUUUGACUUGCUGGUGGGGGCGGUCGGAUCAGGAUUUUCGUGGCUUUUCCCGACUGCUGCAAAU